AAGUUUAGAGGCGACACCGGAAAAAGGGCGUGAAAGAAAACGAUUGGAGAGGGAGCGGAACUGCGGGGCGGGCAGGCGGAGCAGAGGCAUCAGUCGGCAGCGCAAGUGCGAGACAGACGGACGGAGAGGGAGAAGUGACCGGACAGCAUCAGCAUGCAUUCUGGAAUCGGUAUUCACCAACAGGUCUUUGAUGAGUUCGAAACGAUGAAGAUUCGGAAGAUGGGGUUCACCAGGAGGAAGUUACUCAAGCUAAACUUGAGCGAGGAUGAGAAAUUCCUGGUUGUGGAUGAAGACUGUGUGACGCAGCAGCAAGCCUGCGGGAAUGGCUACCAGCAGUUACUGAGUCACUUAAAACCCGACACUUGCUGCCUUCUCAUUUUUGAUCUCUCUUAUGACACCAAGGAAUCGGUCUCCAAGGAUGAUCUGAUCUUAAUAAUGUGGUGCCCGGAUGGGGCAAGUACCAGGAAAAAGCUGCAGUUCUCGACAGGGAAAAUGUUGCUGAAGGAAAGGAUAAAAGGCUUCAAGUUUGACCUGGAGGUCAACUCCCUGGAUGAAAUAGAACUGGGCGUCCUUGCUGAUAAGCUGGGUCGCAGUGAUGUUGUGAAAAUAGAAGGGGUACCAGUACAAAGCUGUAGUUCACAACACAGCUGAAAGCUUCCUUAUAUCAAAGUAUCAUGUCUUGAUGGCUAUAUUCCCAAAGUUGUUUCAACCUGUUUCUGAUUCUUCAAUAUUCUAUGCCAUUGCUUUGUAAUGUUUUUGAGUAAAAAUGAAAUUCCUUAUCUGAAAUAACUUUCUUUUAGAGCAGUGUCUGGUUUCUUUAAUGUGCAGUGUCUCCUGCUAUUAACGACUUCAAGUCUUUGGAGAGUAUCUGCUAACGAUUUGGAGAUUUCAGUGACCCUGAAUCGGUUUCUGGAUUAAAUGUAGAUUUAACAGUUGUUGCAGCUCUAAAUACAAAAUCAAACCAAUGGCAGUGUUUCAAGUUCACGUGUGGUGUAAUUGCAAGUUUGAGCUAGCUAUUUCUUUAUUUUGAUACUUGAAUCUUCCAUCCUAUUUGAUCUAGCUUUCUUAUUAAAGGAUUUCUAAAAAUG